CACCUUGGACAACAUCUCAACUGCUGAUGCAGCUAAGCUCUUCACGGCACACGAAAAGCUGGUGCGGUGCAUGGUGCCCCCGGAGAAGCUGUUGGAGAUCAACGUCUUUGAGCCGCAGACGUUGAACACCACGUCAGUUGCAAUGUUUCUGGGCGUUCCGGCGCCGGAGCACUACGUCCCAUUCCCUCGAAUCAGUGAGUGGGCGAGUGAAAACCCAGAAGAUGCUGAUGCUCCACACGAUAAGCAGAAGAAAAUCUCUUUGUGCAUCACGGGUCAGAUCCGUCGGUUGGAGCUCCGCACAAAGAUCAAUCGCUUGAUCCUUCCAUUGAUGGCUGGUGGCGCUCGGGUGGAGGUUUUCUUGGUCCUUGACCCGCGGAACAGCACUGCCUACAUUCACCGUCGUGCAGGGGAACGCAUUGGCAACUUCACCAUCAUGGAAGGGCCUUACCAGAGUUUGAGUGACACUGUGGAUGCCUUCCCCUCUGGUGUGUCUGUAGUUUUUGAUCCCUUCGUGGCCCAAGACUUUUCGAUCGAUCCACGCUAUGUCUCAGGGAUGGCACAAGAGAGACCCGAAGCAUCGCAGAACCAGACAGCAGCACUGCAGGGAGCGCUGGAACGCGCUCGCUCUCACAUGAGGCAGUGGCAAGCGAUGCAGCGCUGUUGGGAGCUGAUGAACAAUUUGAUGUUGCCGGACAUCGCGAUCCGACUCCGGGACGAUGCUGCCAUUCUGGAAACCUUCGAGCUGCCGGAUUCCUUCGGGGUGCAUGUGCCCAAAUGCGCUGAUUAUAGUGGCCUCAACGACAAGGCGGCCAUCGUUGUGGGGACAGGAAACAUGCUGGGAUACUUCACAAUGCCUUUGCAAUUCAUGCGUUUCGCCUUCGACAGCUUGGUUGAUGUCCAACGCCAACGCACAAAUGCACCGUUGAAUCCAGAAUGUGUGUUGCUACACUCCAUGAUGCUUGCGCAAGUGCCAGUGCAUCGCCUCGGGACCAACAAAGCGCCGAUUUUACCCGGCAAGUUCUUGACAGAUGGGAAUCAGGCAGCCUGACAGCAUUUUUGACUUCAGGUUGUCUACGGCAUCAUGGUGGAGCAAAGGGUGUGUUCAGCACCUCCAGAGGACAAGAGGCACACCUUUGCUACUUCCAAGGCUUCGACUACAGGCCAUGUAUCCGGCAAGAGAUUUGGACGUAUUUGAGCUCUGCUGGCAAGAGCAUCUACGAUGAUGCUGAUCCAAGUGAGCUCAAAUUUAUUUGCGAGAGGAACGUGCCUCCACCAACAGGAGGUUGGCCAGUCCAAAGUCCGUUGUAGAGGACGAGGGAUGCCAGAUGGUGAGGCUGACGGGAAGACCUCAUGGUUGUUCCUGAAAGGAACAUGCCUGAGACAUCUGAGACAUUAUUCCAGGUGAUGGAACAAAGCCGGCCCAAGAGAUGUGUAGGUAGAUGGCACUUUGCCAGCAAGACCUUUUGACACCUUCCAAGCUGUUACCAGUGCUGUUACCUAGAUUGAUUUACUCGGAGGCACUUUAGCUGGAGAGGAACACUGUGUUUUCUAUUGUUUUGUUUUUUUCUUUCCCAUAUAUAUGCUCCUUAGUGCACACUACCAGGCCCAGAUUACCCCAGAAUCGUCAACGCAAAACAGGUUGGGUGCUGUUGUGGUGCGUAGGGCCGUGUCGGGUUCCGGGAGCAGAUCUUGCAGGAUUUGAAACCCGAGCAGGCCAAGAACUU